AUGGACAUGGUAUUCUCAAGCCUCGAUGAUUGUUAUUCAAUGUAUGUUAAGUAUGCCAAGGAGUGUGGGUUUUCAGUCAGGAAAGGGACUACAAAGACAAACUCUAAAGGUGUCUUACAUAUUAAGUAUUACUUGUGUACGAGAUCUGGGUUAUACAAGGACAAGAAGGUUGAUACGUUGGACCCCAAUCAAAAGGAGCGAGUAGUGCGAUCCAACUUUUCAAAGAGGACUGAUUGUGGUGCACUGUUAUGUGUACUUUUUGAGGCUGGAUCAUGGAAGGUGUAUAAGUUUGUCGAGGAGCACAAUCAUGAUCUUGUUGAAUGUCCUGAUAAGCAUUUUCUUUCAACUGAACGACACCUCACUCAACUCCAGAAGCAUGUUAUACACAGCAUGUCUAAGCUGAAUUUGGGUCCCGUCAAGGCGUUUAAUGUUAUGAAGACUUGUUUUGGUGGUUUUGAAGACGUGGGUGCAAGUAAAGUUGAAUUUAAGAACUAUAAGAGAUACUCUAUGGUGUUUGUACCGUUCACUGCUGUUGGUUCUCAACCAAAAGUUGUUGUCCUUGACCAAGAUCCAGCAAUGAAGAAGGCUAUUUCUGUUGUAUUUGUUGACACGAGGCAUCGGUUAUGCAUGUGGCAUGUGAUGCAUAAACUUUCUCUGAAGGUUGGUGUUAGGCUAUGCAAUUCCACCAAUUUUAAAGAACGUAUUUGUGGUGUUGUGUGGACUGAUAUUCUCACACCUGAAGAGUUUGAAUCAGAAUGGGAAGCGGUUAUCGCAGAGUUCAAUUUAGCAGAUAAUGACUGGCUAUCUGAUAUUUUUGCACUUAGGGAAUCUUAG